GGCGAGCGUGGGCCAAGAUGGCGGCGCCCGUGUGCAGCCACGACGCCUUCGCCGGGGGCCCCGAGGCGGGGGGCCAAGCGCGGCGCGCCCUGGAGGUCCGCUUCGUCAGCAGCGCCAAGGGGAAAGGACUGUUUGCCACCAGGAACAUCCGCAAAGGGGAGACAAUUUUUGUCGAAAAGCCGGUGGUGUCUGCCCAAUUCCUUUGGAACGCCCUGUAUAAGUAUAAAGCCUGCGACCACUGCUUGCGAGCGCUGGAGACGGCGGAAGAGAAUGCCCAGCGGUUGCUGGGGAGAUUCCUGGCCCUGCCUCACCCUGAGCAGUGCAGCAUCCGGAAAGAUCUGCAUCAGCUCUGCCCCAGUUGCCAGGUUGUGUAUUGCAGUCCAGAGUGCCGGCAGGCAGCCUGGGACCAGUACCACCAAGUCUUAUGCCUCGGACCCUCCAGGGAGGACCCCAGCCACCCCCUCAACAAACUGCAAGAGGCGUGGCGGAACAUCCAUUACCCGCCGGAAACGUCAAGCAUCAUGCUGAUGGCACGGAUGGUUGCGACCGUCAAGCAGGCCAAAGACAAAGACUGGUGGAUCAAAGUGUUCUCUCAGUUCUGCAGCAAAACCGCCAACGAGGAGGAAGAAAUUGUCCACAAACUUCUGGGGGAGAAAUUUAAGGGCCAGCUGGAAGUUCUACGUGUGCUGUUCACAGAAGCCCUUUACGACGAGCACCUCAGCAAGUGGUUUUCCCCUGAAGGCUUCCGCUCGCUGUUUGCCCUGGUGGGUACCAACGGCCAAGGGAUGGGAACCAGCUCCCUAAGCCAGUGGGUCCACGCCUGUGAUUCCUUAGAGCUUCCCCCCAAGGAGCGAGAGCAGUUAGAUGCAUUCAUAGACCAGCUUUAUAAGGAUAUCGAGAAAGUUUGGGGGAGGGGCUGUGGCCCAGUGGGUAGAGCGUUUGCUUUGCAUGUGGAAGGUCCCAGGUUCGAUUUCUGGCUUCUCCAGUUAAAGCAGCAAGUAGUUGGUGGUGUGCAAGUCCUCUCCCUGGGACCCUAUCAGGAUAGACAGGACCAAAUUAGAUGUCUCAAGAGUUGCAUUCAGGUGACUGCUGCCCCUUCUCCCCUCCCCAGGGAAAAUUACCUGUUUACCUGCUCCUGUCCCAAGUGCCUGACCCAAGCCAGCGACCCUGACGUGACGUCGGAGGAGGAAGAAGAGGAAGGCGAAGGGGACCCGGACGACGCGGAGCUAGAGGACGAGAUGACUGAUGUUUGAUCCUGGGAUCUGGGGUGGGGAGGGGGUCCUCAGAGGGCGACGGUUCUGUCACUUCGGAACCCGGCCUCUGCCCAGGUGCGAAGUUCUCGCCCUGCGCAGGAAAGGACUGCAGACUCCCCAAGAGGAUCUUGGAGGCAGGCCGGACAGUCUCCUGCUUGUUUACUCUUCUGGACCGCAGUCUCUUUCCCGACGCCAAAAGCGAGCUGGCUCUUGACCCUUGGCCACAGAGAAUCCCCUCAGUGGGGCCCUCCGGCUGGGGAGGAACCACGUAGUUGGGUACGGUAAAUAUUUCGCCCUGCGGAACCCUUCUUUUUGAUUCGAGCCAGUGGAAAUGAGCUAGGGGCCGAUCUUGGCUUCGACGGAGCAGCUGUUGAAGUCGGGCGUUGCGGAAAUGUCGAAAGAGGGAGUGGGCCGAGGCUCGGGAUGCAUUUGGCUUUUCCGCUUUCUAGGGCUGCGAAAGCAGCUCUGUCCUCUCAACUCCUGCAUCUCAGAUCCCUGCAGGCAGAGCCUGAAGACGUCAACUCCCCUUCCUCAGCAGAUAGAUUGCCUCUGCACAGGAAGGUUCUGUUGUGCUGUGGUCAUUCAUUGCUGUACAUAAACUAGGGAUUUUGUGUUUAAAAAGCAGUCCGAAUCCCAGACCUUCACUCUGUUUUGUGGCAGUGAAUUCCACAAGAGCAUUCAGUGAAGCAGGGCUGUUUCUUGGCCUCUGUCAUCUUCCAGUUACAGAGCUGGGCAGGCCGGGGGGAGGGGGGGGGCUGUUUCUUUAUGGGGUGGGGGUCCUUUACCAGCAGGAAAAACCUUGCUGGUCAAUCGUGAAAGGUCACUGCUUACACUGUUCCUGUUACCCAUGGAAAGAAGCAGAUGAGACGUAAUAUGAGCAAAGGAACUCUGUCCAUGUACAGAGUGCCUUUCUAGGCAGUAAUGAUAGCCACACCCUGCCCUCAGGUGCAGAUUGCUUUCAGAUGCCUGAAUAAGUUGGUGGUUCUGUCUUGGGGUGUUCCCUCUCUCUUUCCCCCUCCCACCCUCUGCUCAGCUGCCUUCCUUAACACCACGAAGUCCUGGUUUGCCGUUCCAGGGUUUGGUUUUCACCAUCCCAAACCACGGUUUAAUCCCUGUUGGUUUAGCAAGAGGACGCACCCCAAUUUGUCAUUUCACUCGAUUCACCCAUCACAACAAAGUGGGACGUCUUCAGUCUCCGCACAACAGGGAACAGCCUUUGGAGGCAGGUUCUUGGCCUGAAAAGACACAAGCCCCUCCCACACCUGCGGAAUAAUGCACUUUCAGUCCACUUUCACAAUUGUUUGCAAGUGGAUUUCCAGCUACAAAGUGGAAAUCCAGCUACAAAGUGGAUUAAAAGUGCGUUAUUCUGCAUGUGCGGGAGGGGCCACAGUCUGUUCAAACACGUCUGCUUGGGAAUUUGGGUUUCCUUGAGACCCCCGAAUUGUAGGGGGGAGGGAGGGGGGUGUUGAUCACAGCUGCCUCUUCUCAUCGGAGCAAAUUGGAAAUGUCUGCAUGACGGAGUCUGGUAGCUAUAAUUCUGUACUGCCUCUAAAUCUUUCAGGGCCAUAUUGUGCCUCCAUUCUGGCCUGGGUGCUAGGCAUGGGGAAUUCAGCCUGGCCCAGAAAGAGAAGUAUUUGACCUCCCCCUGAUUCAAACAACCCACAAUUUCCAGAUCCUCUUUACGGGAUCUGUUCUCCGCCCGCGGCGAGACUGCAGAAGCUGCCGGUUGCGCUGACAUCUAUGCAUAACGCUGUUGCAUUGUGAAAAAGGCUGGUGCGUCUUAUUAAUCGGUUCCGCAGAAAACACGUGACAUGCAAUAAUAUUCCUUUUGCACUUUU